UCCUAAACCGUUGUGCAUGCCCUAAGCCCUUCUCACUGUUCCCCCCUCUGCAACGAGUUCUCUCCUUCGCUGCCGCACCACGCCAUCACCGCGGCGGGGGCGAGACAGCCGGCGAGCGCUCAGCCUCUCCGGCCACCGCCUUCCUCGUCGAGGCUCCCCGGCGACUCCCCCGCGAUCGGUUCCGCCGCCGUCACCGCCGCGCAGGACUCGACAGGAGUAGCGGCGGCCCCUGGUCGCGUGUUGGGGGGCGGCAAGGAUGAGCGGGAGGAAGAAUGCCGGCAGGACCUCCCCCUGGCUGCUCAUCCUCAUCUCCGUGGGAUGCUUCUUCGCGACCUACAACUUCCUGACCAUGCACGGCCGGGGCCGGGACGGGCCGCGCAAGUUCCUCGGCGGCGCCGGGGAUCGGGACUCGGCCGUCUCGUACGGGUCGGGCUCCGGCUCCGACCCGGCGAAGCGGUUCCACGUCGCGCUCACGGCGACGGACGCGCUCUACAGCCAGUGGCAGUCCCGGAUAAUGCACUACUGGUACAAGGAGAUGAGGAACCGGCCUGGGUCCGACAUGGGCGGCUUUACAAGGAUCCUUCACUCGGGGAAGCCUGAUGGAUUGAUGGAUGAGAUACACACCAUGGUGGUUGACCCCCUUCCCGAAGGCAAGGAUAAGGGAUAUAUUGUCUUAAAUAGGCCUUGGGCGUUUGUCCAGUGGCUGCAGAGGGCCAAGAUCGAAGAAGACUAUAUAUUAAUGGCGGAGCCAGAUCAUGUAUUUGUGAAGCCUUUACCAAACUUAGCCCAUGGUGAUGAACCAGCCGCGUUUCCAUUUUUCUACAUCAAACCAACUGAGAAUGAGAAGAUAUUGAGGAAGUUCUUUCCAGAAGAAAAAGGACCUGUCUCAAAAAUUGAUCCCAUUGGCAACUCUCCAGUUAUAAUCAAGAAGGCUCAACUUGAGAAGAUUGCUCCAACCUGGAUGAAUGUUUCAUUAAAAAUGAAAGAGGAUCAGGAGACAGACAAAGCGUUUGGAUGGGUCUUGGAAAUGUAUGCAUAUGCCGUUGCUAGUGCACUGCAUGGUGUGCACCAUAGUCUCCGUAAAGAUUUUAUGAUUCAGCCUCCUUGGGACCUAAAAACAGACAACACAUUCAUCAUCCAUUAUACAUAUGGAUGUGAUUAUACAAUGAAGGGUCAGCUAACUUAUGGGAAAAUUGGUGAAUGGCGUUUUGACAAAAGAUCUUAUAUUCAAUCACCACCACCAAGGAAUCUUUCACUGCCCCCUCCUGGAGUUCCUGAAAGUGUGGUCACCCUUGUGAAGAUGGUGAACGAGGCCACUGCAAACAUUCCAGGGUGGGAGGAUGAGAGAUAAUCAGAUAAUUGAUGGCUUGGCUGAGUUGGAGCUUACUUCAGCUCACAGCUGGUAUGGUUUUUGUUGGAAAAACAUAGAAGAAUGCCACGGAUCAAUAAAAGAAGAGUGUUCAAUUCAUAUCUAAAGUGUGCUAGUGUAGGACUGUGGCCAGUUGUCUACAAUUUAACGUAGGUUAGUGUUUGGGAAGAAAAGGCUAUAUCACAUUGAUCUAGUGAGUUGCAUCAUUUUUGUACUGUAAAGCAGAAAUAUGGGCUUUUGGUUACUCUUGGUUCAUUUAGCCGUGUUGUAAAGCAGAGAUGUAGUUUAGAAUCAUCCGAUGCAUACCAUGAGGUUUGUUAGUAGUGAUCUUGGGACAAAUUCUGCUGGGUGCUGACAACAUCCUGCUGAGUGCUAUCCCUGGAAACCGCCAAAAGCUUUCAGAAAUAAUCUAAUAUACCUUCGAUAUGCAGUUGCAUAAUAGUUGAUGUGUUUUUUUGCUUUCGAACCUGUUUGUAACACUGCUGUCUGUUGUGUAAUACUGUACUAUUUUGUUCUGCUCAGAAUACAAAUGCUGGAUGUUGCUGUCUAA